AUUAUGCAAGAAAUUGAAGACAACAAAAUCCAUGUGUACGAGUUUCCGGACUGUGACAGUGAUGAAGACGAGGACUUUAAGCAACAGGAUAGAGAACUUAAGGCAUCCAUUCCGUUCGCUGUGGUCGGCUGCAACACCGUGGUGGAGGCAGGAGGGAAAAAGAUCAGAGGACGAGCUUACCCGUGGGGCAUUGUGGAAGGUGAGUUGUCUAAAAAAAUGUUAGGGUAAACUAUGCUUUCUUUUGUUAUGUUUUUGGGGUUGA